UCAAAAAUUUGAGCACCUCAUUUCUUGGGCUCUCUUAUCGCCUGUUCUUUGUCUGUCUUUCUACCAAAUGCUGACACUUUUGUAGAUAAUAUAUUUUAUUUGGACUGCAUGCACUGCACUUCUAAUCUUCUAUUAGUCUCUCUGCUCAGUGCUCAAAUUCAAAGUCCCAUCUCUCUCUCGCUCUCUCUCUCUCAUUAUACUGCCUGCAAGUGCUGAGCCCGAUAGGAGAAUAGUCCAGAUUAUAAAAAUCAAUUUCCUCCAACUUUGAAGUCUAUGGAGUUUCAAAAAGCAGGCAGUUGCAUGUUCUGCAUGACCAAAGAAGGUUGCAGAACUGUGCGAUCAAGGACGAAACUGAUGAACAUUCUAAUAGAAAAAGGAAAACCCCAGGAGGCAGAAUCAAUUUUUGAUAGUUUAAUUGAGGGAGGGCACAAACCCUCUCUAAUAACAUAUACAACCCUCUUGGCUGCCUUGACCAUGCAAAAGCGUUUCAACUCCAUACAUUCAAUCAUCUCACAGGUGGAAGAAAAUGGAAUGAAGCCUGAUUCUAUAUUUUUCAAUGCUGUUAUAAACGCUUUCUCUGAAUCUGGGAAUAUGGAGGAAGCUAUGGAUACAUUUUGGAAGAUGAAGGAGAACGGAAUGAAACCUACCACUAGCACUUAUAACACUUUAAUCAAAGGGUAUGGUAUUUCUGGUAAACCUGAAGAAUCUGCGAAAUUGCUAGACCUUAUGUCUCGAGAGGGGGAUGUGAAACCCAAUCUCAGGACUUAUAAUGUUCUUGUAAGAGCUUGGUGUAACAAGAAGAACAUUUCAGAGGCAUGGAAUGUUGUGCACAAGAUGGUGGCUUCCAGAAUGCAACCAGAUGUAGUUACUUACAACACUAUAGCAACAGCUUACACUCAGAAAGGAGAAACAAAUCUGGCUGAAGGGAUAAUCUCAGAAAUGCAGAACAAGGGCAUGCAGCCCAAUGAGCGAACUUGUGGCAUCAUUAUAAGUGGAUAUUGUAAAGAGGGAAGGAUAAAGGAGGCAUUGAGAUUCGUGUACAGAAUGAAGGAAUUUGGUGUGUAUCCUAAUCUUGUCGUUCUUAACUCGCUAAUCAAAGGCUUCAUAGAGACUAUGGAUAGAGAUGGGGUUGAUGAGGUUCUCAAGUUGAUGGAAGAAUUCAAUGUCAAACCAGAUGUAAUAACAUUUAGUACUAUCAUGAAUGCAUGGAGCACAGCAGGAUUUAUGGACAAGUGCAGGGAAAUCUUCGAUGACAUGGUGAAGGCUGGUAUAGAACCUGAUGCACAUGCAUACAGCAUCCUUGCAAAAGGUUAUGUGCGUGCGCAAGAACCUGAGAAAGCCGAAGAACUCCUGACAACCAUGAUCAGAUCAGGGUUUCACCCAAAUGUUGUGAUUUUUACAACUGUAAUAAGUGGAUGGUGCAGUUCAGGCAAAAUGGAGUAUGCAAUUAGAGUUUUUGAUAUGAUGUGUGAAUAUGGAAUUUCUCCUAAUCUGAAAACUUUUGAAACAUUAAUGUGGGGAUUUAGUGAAGCCAAGCAGCCAUGGAAAGCCGAAGAAAUUCUCCAGAUUAUGAGAGAGUUUAAGGUUGAGCCUGAGAGAUCCACUGUGCUGUUAGUUGCAGAAGCUUGGCGUGCCAUUGGAUUGACAAAAGAGGCAAACAGAAUUCUAGGUACCAUAAAAAGAAAGGAAAUGACUCAUAGAAAAGACAGAGCUGAAGAAGAUAUGCCAGUUGAAAGCCUGGAGAAACUCUAUCAAAAGCAAAGCACAAAUGUUUCAUAUUCCAAUCUCUUGCAUGUACCAAGUACAGUUACGAAUGAUCAAAAAGGGUCUAGUGCUGCCCUUAGAAAGGGUAGGAUGGUGCUGAGAGAGGCAGAGUUUUCAAUGGAAUACUCUUGGCUUGCUGCAAAAUCCAUGUGUUUCUCUCAAACUUGUAAAUUUGGAUCCAGGCUGCCAAUUAUUUGCCAUAAGCAGUCUCAAGGGCAACAUGGUAUGUAUGGUCAGUUUGCACAGUCAUGUACAGCGGUGUUCUUGAAUUGAAAGGGAAAAAAAAAUUGUCUUUCUUUCUUAUUUUUCCUUUUUCUUUUUUCUUUUUAAUGUGUAUUUUUAUUCACAUUUCCGUCCCGAAAGAAAUUUGCCACCAAAUUUGAUGUAGAUGCUAGAUAGUAAAGGGUGUUAUUGAUUUAUGUGAACUGUAUUCCAUUUCAGGCUUACUGAUAAUGCAAGUGAAUAGCAUUAUAUA